CAUUUAGCAUACGCUUUGGCCGCAACGAGUCGCAACCUGGACGCCAACGCGCGCGUACGUAGCCCCCGCGCGCAUUCCCAGCUGUGUAUUGAACGCGCGUGAAUCGAGUUGAGUCGGGAGAAUGUCUCAGGAGGCGGCGUCGCCUCUGCUGCUGGCCGCGCAGGCGCUGCCCUAUGCGGACGAGCCAGUGGAGGGCGAGGAGGAGCUGGACGAGAAGGAGAAGGAGAGGGAGAAGCAGAAGAAGGAGGAGGAGGCAGACCAUAGGCGGCGGGAGUGCGAGCAGGAGCAGCCGCGCAAGCAAUCUCUCGGCCAGCGACGUAAUGUGGAGCUGCCAGAGCUGUAUGUGGUCAAUGAGCUGCCGGAAGAGCUGGAGACGAUGCGGGAAAGAGACAGAGAUAGAGACAGAGACAUACAACACUUUGGACCCGGACUGCGACGCAAUUCAAUUUCAUUGCCGCAGGGCAUCAACUCGCUGGACUUGGAAGCGCUACGAUUGCGCCACCAGAUGCUGGCGCAGGAAUCUCUGAACGAGGAGAGCCAAGCGGAAAGCAUCGUGGACGAUGCAUCCGCCUCCAGCAUUGGCACGCCCACAACGAUUUCGGCCCUGCCCAUUCCGCAUGUCAAUCCGCAUCACAGCAAGGAGGAGGAGGAGGACGACGACAGCAGCGAUGAGUUUGGCAAUGCCAAGAAACCAGUACACAAGUGAGUGGAAACCAGAUGCAAUCAGAUAUAGAAUCUAUAUACA